UCUUGCUUUUUUUCCACAGUAAAAGCAGGCUUUCUCUCCAGCUGUCGAUCAUCCCGUUUCUCCUUCCUUUCCCUCAUGUUGCUUUUUUUGCACAGUAAAACCAUGUUUCCUGUCGAUCAUCGAUGCAUUUUGUUUCCAUAUUUCCUUUGCUUUUCACUUCACUCUCUUGCAUGUCUCCUUCACCCGUUUCAGACCUCACUUUCUUUCCCUCUUAAACAUUUGUUUCAGUUGGUCGCGAAUUUCUCUUUUGUCGCUCUCAAAUCUCGCUUUUUGUCGUUCUCAGCUCUUGGUUUGCUCAGAAAGCACCGAAUCAGGUUUCGUUUAUACAGACACGAGGACAACUUGGCCACUGCAUCAUUUCUCGGCACUUGAGAGUAAAAUUUAGCUGGUGAGGUAGUGGAUUGCGAAGCUGUAAUGAGAUCUUAGCUUUAUUUUUAAUCAACUAAUUUUGUUCUCAAAAAAAAAAAAAAAUUUAAUGAACGACUUUUGAAGCAUCUUUAUCUGUUUAGUUUGCUAUCUUAUGUUUGGAUUGGAUUUUAGGCACUGGAAAUUAUGAGCUAAAUUUUGUUUCAAAUGGCAGGGAUAAUUUAUAUCAUCUUUAUUGCAUAUUACUGAACUUUGCAUUUCUUCCUUAUAUGAUGUGCGUUACAGCCUUGAUCAAUGCCUAAGAUUGUGUUGGAUUAGACCAUUCAGAAAUAUAUAGCUCUGCAUUCUAUAUUACUUGACGAAAUGGUGAGAGGGCAUUAUUUCAAUAUUUUAAUUACAACUGUUUGCAAAGAUAAUUAACAACUCUUCGAAAAUAUACAGUUUUCAUUCUAUAUUACUUGAUGAAAUGCUGAGAAACCAUUAUUUCAGUAAUUUAAUCACAACUGCUUACAAAGAUAAUUAACAGCAAAUAUAUUAUUUUUGUUUCUGACUUUUUUUUACAUGUUAAAUAAUAAACUUUAAUUUUGUUCCUGUGAAUUAGAGUGUGUUGUAACUGCAUACCUAUUUAUUUAUCUUAUACAAAAUAUAAUCCAAAUUUUGAUUUUGUUUGUCAAUUGCAUUUGUAACGUUUUUUUUUUUUCUCUUUUUCACCCUCAUCAAUUGCAAAGCAACAUGCGGUUGAAGCUUGCACAACGGAGAUGGACUAUGAAAUCAUUGCUUCGAAAAUAGAAGCCGGAAGCUGCUAUGAAAUUAUGGGUUUCUGUACGAAUAGAAUGAGGGGUCAAUACAGUGUUGUGCCACAUGAUACCCAAGUUAUGUUCACUGGGAAACAAUUUUCAAAAAAUUGCCGUGUGUUUCCGCCUAUCCCUCGACACUGGUUCUUUUUUGCAAGAUUAUAACACCCUUUAACCUCGCCUCAACAGGGUUGAUAUCCUUACAGAUGUCAUUGGUCACGUAACUGGUGUGCAAGAGUUGGUGCCAAAGCAAAUUAAUCAGAGAAUUACACAUAAGUGUGAUAUAGCUAUUGAAAACAUCAGGUUGUUUCUCCCCUGUGCUUUCUGUGAUUCUAAAUUAUUUCAUGUAUUUAUUAUAUACACAUUACAAAAAAUUUAAAUGUUAUCUCACAAAUCAAUAUUGUUAAACUAUUAUAUGAUACUUAUCAUGUUGACUGCUUACUUUAUUCAUAACAAAUUAAACAAAUUUCUUCCUGGCUUUUGAAUAUCCAUUUCAAAUUUUCUUUUUCAAUAGAAAAGAAGAGAUGAAGAUUACAUUAUGGGAAGAUGGCUUUUUCUUCUUUGUCAAUGAAGACGUUAUCUGCAUCAACAAUUGUUGUUUUCACAAGUCUAAAAGUGAAGCUAUACCUUGACAUCCCGGAACUAAAUGGGUACAAAUUAGUGUUUUCUAACAACACAGAAGCUGUAAAAAUAUUGGCAUCGUCUUCGAAACAAGUGAAUGAAGCUCAAAUUUUGCAGAUUGCCAGGAGAGUAACAGUUGAUGAAUUAGCUUUUUUGGAUCCAGAGUUAUAUAAGAAACAACUGCGCAAUCAUAUAAACAAAGAAGCAGUGAGGAGGCCUCUUUUUACUGGCACUGAACAAAGUGUUGUAGAAGAGAUGUUUGAACCAAGCAGAGAAGAUGUCGAUCAAAUUCCGGUCAAAUUGUUGAAAAAAAAAUCAUCUCCAACUGGUGCGAAGACGGAUUCCAGCCCUGCAAAAAAACAAUAGGUCACAAUACUUUAUCAUCGCUUUCCCUUCUCACUUAAAUUUAUUAAAAGAUAAAUUUAACACUCAUCUAAAUGUCACGACUUUUUUUCCUUUUGCUUAGGUUGCUUUGUUGGCAUUGAAGAAUGCUGCAUCAAAACUUUAGCUGUUUGGGAUAAAAAAAGUUCUUGCCUUUUUAAUGCGUAUCAAACAAUGUCUCUAAUAUUUUUUGGGAUGUAAUUAGUUCUUUCUGGUCUAAAUUCUAUCGUAUUUUUUGCAUGUACAUACUCCAGCAUUUGGUUAUAUAUUGUGUCCAGAUGCUGGUCCUAAUCAAAGGCUAGAUAGAACUGCUAGAAUAGAGUCGAUAACUGUCAACAUUUUUUGCUUGUACACCAGCAUUCGUAAUCUUUUUUGUUCAAGUGCUGGUCCCAAAGGAACACUAUGUAGCUGCUGGAAUGGAAUGGAUGACUACUGAAUUUAACAA